AUGUCAUCAAUGGAAACAAAACAUACUAAGUUGCGAGAGGUAUUUGCGAGAUUCGGGUUACCUGAACAUAUAGUAACAGAUAAUGGUAGAACUUUUACUGCUCAUGAAUUUAAGUUGUUUACGAAUUCCAAUGGAAUCAAUCAUAAAUUUUCUCCACCGUAUCACCCUGCAUCAAAUGGGCAGGAUGAAAGCGCCGUUAAAAUUGUAAAAAACUUCCUAAAGAAAAAUGAAAGUUCAGAUUCAGAAACUGCGUUAGCCAGGUUUUUGUUUGAUUAUAGAACUGCUACGCACUCAACAACAAACGACAGCCCAGCUAAUCUUUUGUUAAAACGAAAACUCAGAACCAGGUUUGAUCUCUUAAGGCCAGAUCCAAGAGAACCCAUAUUAUUAAAACAAGAUAAAAUAAAACAGAAUUUAGAGAGAAAAGAAAGGACAUGUGAGAGGGAAGAUUCAGUUUUAGUUCGAGAUUAUAGGAAUUCAGGGAAUAAGUGGGUGAACGCAGUAGUUGAGGAGCAAUUAGAACCUGUUACAUUUACCGUGAAAACCGAUAGUGGGGAAAAAUGGAAGCGUCAUUCAGAUCAAAUUAUACCUUGCAGAAGCAAUAAUAAAAUGCCUGAAAGAUAUGAAUCAGAAGUUGACGAUUAUAUAAUCUCAAGAGUCGAUGAUAAAAUUGAAAAUAACCAGGAAGAAACUUCAACGUUUAACAAAGACAAAGAGUCUUAUGUACAAGAUGUCAGUGAACCUAUUUCAGAAAAAAUAGUGGUUGAAGAAUGUAAAAGAUAUCCAACCAGAAUAAGAAAACCUGUAGAGCGGUUCCAACCGUCUUAG